AUGACCUCGCAAUACGACCUAAUCGUGGUUGGUGCCGGUAAGCAUGAAAAUCCCCCGAGACAUUCGAUUCGAGCUAAAAACACCCUUGUCUCAGGAUGGUUUGGCCUCGCAGCAGCCAAACAUUAUAUCCAACUUCACCCAUACGAACGCAUCACGAUCAUCGAGUCAGCCAGUACCUGCGGCGGAACCUGGGCCGAGCACCGCUUGUACCCUGGUCUAAAGUCCAACAACAUGGUCGGAUCAUAUGAGUAUCCCGAUUUCCCCAUGGGCGAAGCAUAUGGCGUGAAACCAGAUAGUCAUAUUCCCGCGGUGACUCUGCAUCGCUAUCUGAGCGAUUACGCGCGCCGUUUCGGGAUCUUUGAGCGUGUUAUUUUCAAUACCACCGUGGAGACAAUUGAGCGCCAUUUUGGUGGCUGGGUGGUCAAUACUUGUUGCGCGAAAGGGUCGGCGGCGCUUAGGACUAGGAGGUUGAUAUUGGCCACUGGUUUGACUUCAACUCCUAAUAUUCCUUCGUAUGCCGGGCAAGAGACUUUCGAUGCUCCUUUCUUUCAUGCGAAGGAUUUUCGGAAUUGUGGUGCCUGGGACAAUUCACAGAAUGUCGUCGUUGUCGGAGGUGCAAAGUCUGCUUUUGAUGUGGCUUUUGCAUUUGCAGAAGCGGCUGUUCAUGUUGAUCUGAUUAUUCGCCCAGAUGGAAAUGGACCUGUUUGGCUUUCUCCGGCUUUUGUGACUCCUCUGAAGAGAAAGAUGGAAGAGUUGCUUCACACCCGUUGUCUCACAUGGAUGAGCCCUACGCCAUGGGGUGACGAAGAUGGAUUUUCUCUGAUUCGCAGACUCCUGCACGGAACUAAGAUCGGGCGGAUGGUUGUGCGCGCAUUUUGGCAGAUGCUAAGCUCUGAUAUGGUCGAAGCUAAUGGAUACGACGAUUAUAAGUAUCCAAGUCUUGCUCUUCUCAGACCAUGGACGUCAGCAUUCUGGACCGGCAGCGGAGUCAGUAUCCAUAAUUAUGACUCGAGUUUUUUCGAGUUUGUGAAAACCGGAACUAUACGAGUUCACACGGCAAACAUCUCGCUUCUGAGCCCGAGUAAGGUACACCUGAGCACCGGUGAAGUCCUCGAUGCAGAUGCCCUGAUCUGUGCUACUGGGUGGAAGAAGCGCCCUUCUUUCAACUUCAGCAAUUGGGAUAUCAAGAUCCAAAGAUCAGUAGCUGAGAUGACAGAACUCAUCCAAGCAGCCGAUGAAGAAAUCCUAUCUCGCUUUCCGAUUCUGAAGGCGCAACCGCUGCUUCGCAGCCACACAAAGCCAACUGAUCCCCUUCGAUUAUAUCGGUUCAUGGUGCCACCCGCUCUAUGGGAAGAUCGAAGCUUAGCAUUUGCAGGAAUGGUCUCAUCUGUGAGCACGUCCACCUGCGCUAGUCUACAGGGGUUGUGGAUCUCGGCGUAUCUCGACGGCAAACUCGAUCGGACUCCUGUCGAUGACACGGAGGCUGUGAGAGAGACUGUGCUCAAUUCCCAGUGGGGCAAAUGGAGAUACCCAUGCGGGUAUGGAGGGGAAGUUGCGGAUUUGGCAUUUGAUGCACUUCCGUACUUCGACCUUCUGCUUCGAGACUUGGGCUUGGAGAGUCGGCGUAAGACCUCUUGUUUGGCGGAAAUGAUUACGCCGUAUAAGCCGUGGGACUAUCGUUCUGUGGUGAAGGAGUGGAUGGAUGCACAUCGUGUCAAGAGUGACUCACAAGUUCAGGAGUAUCAGUCGUAUUGA